CCCAGUCUAUAAUUUUCUUAUUAUGAGGCAAUUUCUACUCUAAUUCCACCUUAUUUUCUUUUCUGAAAGAAUCAAUGUUAAUACUCAAAUUCUCUCAUUUUCUUUGCUGGUUUUUAUCUUUUUGGCUCAUAAUCUUGUUACAAUUACUCAUAAAUGGUUUGGUUUUCUUGGGUUUUUAAAUUUUUAUUAUGCUCCUCAUUCUGGUGCUCAAAAUGCAUUGAAAAAUAAUGGGAAAUGAGAAGUAGAUUUUCUGGGUUUUGGUUAUUACAAAUGGGGUCGGUUGCAAAUGGUGAGUAUAAGUAAUGGACACAAAAAAAAAUUCCUUGUAUUUCAGUUGUGCACUGUCAAUUGUCAAUGCUGGAAAAGCAAGGUGAUUUUUCUUUGAGUGAAUAAUCUUCAAAAUGUUUAAUAAGCUAACUUUAGAUGCACACCAUGAGCAUUGAUCUUGAUCUUCAACUAUAGCAAUUCCCAAAUGAUACUACAUACUUGUAUGUAGUUCCAAAUGCAAAUAUGCCUCUGUGUUCUCAUAUCCAAAGCGACAACCAAUUGUAUACGGGGAGUGCCUGGUAAAAUAAUGAUGAAGUGCUGUUCAGAGCAAUCUAUCAGCAGCAAGCCUCUGACCAGACAUGUUUUAUCUAGCUUUGCUGCAACGUUAGUAUUUGUCUCUCAAAUAAACCAGGCUGUUGCAUCAGAUGCUUCCCAUCAACGAAAUAUUUAUGAGCUCGCAAAUGCCCCUGAAAAGACAGUUACUCUUCCGCUUGAUAAGGGAUCUGAUGAAGGAGGUGAGAAGCUAAUGAUGAUGAGAGGCAUGACUGCAAAUAAUUUCAACCCUAUUAGAUAUUCUGGAAGGUGGUUUGAAGUUGCUUCGCUGAAACGUGGAUUUUCUGGGCAAGGUCAGGAAGACUGCCACUGCACCCAGGGUGUGUAUACAUUUGAUAUGGAGAAACGGGCCAUCCAGGUUGAUACCUUCUGUGUUCAUGGUAGCCCUGAUGGAUAUAUUACUGGCAUAAGGGGAAAUGUUCAAUGCCUUUCGGAAGAAGAUUUGGAAAAAAAUGAGACGGUCCUAGAAAAGCAAGAGAUGAUCAAAGAGAAGUGUUACCUCCGUUUUCCAACAUUGCCUUUCAUCCCGAAGCAGCCAUAUGAUGUGAUUGCAACUGAUUAUGACAAUUUUGCGCUUGUUUCAGGAUCAAAAGAUAGGAGUUUUAUACAGAUUUACUCCAGAACGCCUAAUCCUGGUCCUGAAUUCAUAGAGAAGUACAAAUUUUACUUGGCCAACUUCGGAUAUGACCCAAGCAAAAUCACGGACACCCCACAAGACUGUCAAUCAAUGACAGAUAGUCGGUUAACUGCAAUGAUGUCCAUGUCCGAAAUGCAACAGGCUUUAACAAAUCAAUUUCCUGCUCUGGAAUUGAAGCGCUCUGUCCAGUUUGAUCCCUUUACGAGUGUAUUUGACACUCUAAAGAAGCUUGUGCAGCUUUAUUUUAAGUAGUCCUGAGCUGGUUAGUCUUGCUCUUCUUGUUCCUUAUCCGUUCUGUUCUUACCAACCAGCCAAAAGAGAGAAUAUGUUGGUGUGCAACUACUUCAACUACAACUAUACUUUCAUAUCAUCCAUGAUUUUAAUUUGUAAUCUACCUCUAAUUGUACAUCUUGGAAACAAGUCUGGGUUCUUGGCAAUGAGAUCAGCUCUAGGAAAAGUUACACUAAUAA